AUGUUAUUAUGGUUUAUUGAUCUGGUACUCUCUGCAGCUCGCACGCAACUGUUAGUUAAUGUUAGCCAUAUGCACCUGUUGAACAAUUUCACUGCAAUGAUAAUAAUGCCUAUUGUGUCUUAUCGUUAUGACAUUGAUAGACUCAAUGCCGACCUGGAAUCUAAGUAUAACGAGUUCAUCAGUUUGACUAAUGAGGAGAAGGGAGAGAUAAUCAAAAGAGAUUAUGAUGAAUUUCUCAAUCUGUUGAAACAGAUCGAUAAAAACAAGGCAGCAAAAGACAUGGAUGAGUAUGAAAACAACAUGGUGUAUCUUGGUACAAAUUGUAGAUCAUUAGAAAUGGUUGAAGCAAAAUACAAUGAAUUGUCAGAGAGUUUUAACAGGUUGAAGAAGGCAAAUGAGACACUUCACAACCAACAAUUGGAUUUUAUGAAUUGUCGGCAUUAUUUCGUAGCGGUAAAGCAACAUUACAGAAUGUGUCAAAACAGUGAAGAAGUGGGUGAUGAUGAUUCGCUUGACAUAGAACACUUCUAUUCCGAUGAGAGUAGAGUGUCAUCAGAUAACGAUCUAAUUGAAAUUUUCAAGAAUGUUGAUAAUCUGGUAUCUGUGCUCAUCAAUAUAGAAAAACUCCUAAAGACUCUUAGAAAGAAGAAAACGAGUCUGAUUACCGAUUUCAUAACAACACUUACUGUGUCAAAUUAG